AUGAUGGACCCAAACCUCGACCUUUACAAGAGUAUACUAAAUCUUGGGCCCAAGGAUCGCCGCCAGCGCAUGCAACAUCUUCCCAAAGAGGAGUUAAUCAGAGUCAAGACUCUGGUUGGAAAGGAGCAAUGGACACAACGGCUUACGGAAGCGGUCGCUGGUCGGGAUCUUGUAACGCUGGCUCUUACCGACCCUGUAACAAUUCAGGAGAACCCGCCUCUUCAAAAGGCCCUGCUUGGCCGGGCUUGCUACCCUGAUGAUGAGAACGAUAUGGUGCGGCGAAUUACGAAAGGUCUGAGGAGAAGUGGCGAGUCUUUGAUCAGCAGUGUUGCAAGCUUUGAUAACAAUACUUAUCUGGCUAUUACUAAAGAGGCUUGGAUCUUGGUCUAUUGCGACUUGUUCUACAUUGACGACAACAAUACGACGCUGUAUCAAGUGUACACAUCAAGGCUUCAAGAAGAAGAGCUGCACACCCGGAGUGAGCAGGCUAGAGGGGUUGCCAGACACUAUAUGAUGAAACUGGCUCGUAGGAAUGCAAAGUGGAUGAUUCCUGCGCUCGAGGAACUCUCUGACGAGGAAUUGUCUCAUAUUGAGGACAGCUUUAGCGACACUUUACACGAGAUAUGGAAGCAGGUAUCCCACCCGCCACCAACCUGGAUUCAGCACAUCCUGGACGCCCAACAACCAUGGGGAUUCACCUAUUACAAAUCACAAGGAGUCGAAGAGAAGUAUGGCCCUACAUGGGAGGACACGUGGAACAUGAUCAUAGAUAUGCCUCAGCAAUCUUGA